CCUAACCUCGGCCACUUUAGUUUUUACCGAUCCCGAAAUUUUGGUGAUAAUAGAGUAUUAGAGCUUUUAAGAUAAGAACUUCGCUGUUGUGCUAAGAUAUCGUAACUUUAAAGUAUCCCACUCUCCUAUACACAACAAUUAUGAUACUUGAAUGAAGUGGCAUGACUUGCCAAUCGACCAUUCAUUAGAAUAAGCAUCAGAGGUUUUGGAAGAGAUUUUCUCCAAGAUGAUGAAAUUUUGUCCCCCUAACGUUACUUUCUCGGAAAUCUGGGUCAACCAUGGAGUAUCACAGUGUUUUAUGGAAACAGUCUAUGCCGGAUUACUUGUUGGCUUUCUUUUCAUUUUUGGAACUAUUCAGCUGUUUUACUACAGGAAAUACAGUACACCAGUUAUGGUGUCAUUUCCAGCCUCCAAACUUUUCCGCGUGCAGAUUGCUAUCACAGUACUACUUGCUGUAGUAACAAUAUCAAGAUUUGUAGUCGAAGCAAUUAUCAUAAACCAUGGAAUCAUCUAUGGGUACAUGAUAUUCUCCACUGUUGGGCUGGUCUCUACAAUUAUCUUCUCUUUGAUUUUAAUUUUCAAAGAGCGACAUUAUCUACUCCCGUCAAUUCCAUCCUGUGGUCAUGGCCUUGUGCUUUUAAUAUUUUGGUCGAUCCUCUUCAUAGGAGAAAACUUAACCUUUAUAAACUUGGGACGUAGCGAUUGGUGGUUCCAAAUUAAAACAAAGGAGGAUAAAAUUGAAAUGGCCCUCUUCGUUACACGCUACUUGCUCUGUUCUGUAAUUUUUAUCCUGGGGCUACGAGCACCUGGAAUCAUCACCUCACGAGAAUAUUUCAAUUUAACCAAUUCUGCAGCAGAAAACAUGGAGUCCGGUCCUAAUGUUGAAUCAAAUCAGUCAACAUGGCAUAGUGGAUGGAAAAAAAUUAAAACACUGAUGCCAUUUCUGUGGCCGAGAAAAAGUAUUUUUCUCCAACUGCGAGUACUUAUAUGUUUCACUCUCCUUGUAGGAGGGCGGCUAACAAAUUUCUAUGUUCCGAAAAUGGGCCAAGAAAUUGUGGAUAGUAUGACUGGAACCACAAUGGUUUUUCCCUGGGAGCUUGUUGUUAUUUACGCUGGCCUAAAACUGUUGCAAGGAGGAGGCACAGGUGGAACUGGGCUCCUCAACAAUGUUCGAUCUGUCUUGUGGGUCAGCGUUCAGCAAUAUAAUACUCGAGAGCUCGAGGUGAGCUUAUUCUCUCAUUUACAUGGUCUUUCACUCGGAUGGCACUUGAGUCGUAAAACAGGCGAAGUUCUCAGGAUAAUGGACAGAGGAGCCAACAGUAUAAACAACAUUUUAUCGUACAUCCUGUUCAAUCUUGUUCCGACUCUUGUUGACAUUGUGGUCGCAAUUGUCUACUUCAUUGUGGCUUUUAAUGUUUGGUAUGGCCUCAUUGUAUUUACAACGAUGUUCUUGUAUCUAGUUGCAACUAUUGGUAUUACUGAAUGGCGCACCAAAUUUCAGAGAAGUAUGAAUUUAAAAGACAAUGCAGUUAAAGCUCGAACUGCAGACUCCCUUCUAAAUUUUGAAACUGUCAAGUAUUAUUGUGCCGAGGAUUUUGAAGUCCAGGAGUAUCGUCAUUCAAUUUUUGAUUAUCAGAAGGAAGAGUGGAAGACACAGAUGUCAUUAGCUCUUCUGAAUUUGUUUCAAAAUACAGUAAUCUGCAUUGGGCUACUCAUCGGAACACUUCUGUGUGUUCAUCAAGUGACUAUUGAGCGGACUUUAACCAUCGGGGACUACUUUUUAUUUACUACUUACAUCUUUCAGUUGUAUGUUCCCCUCAACUGGUUCGGCACUUUUUACAGGGCUAUUCAGGGGAGCUUUAUUGAUAUGGAGAAUAUGUUCGAGUUGAUGGAUGAAGCUCCAGAUGUACUUGAUGCUCCAGAUGCUCCCCCUCUUGUCAUUUCUAAAGGUCAGAUCGACUUUCGGAAUGUCUCUUUUUCAUAUCAACCAGAAAAAAUGAUUCUGAAGAACAUUAAUUUCACUGUACCCGGAGGGAAAACGGUAGCUCUGGUCGGACCAAGUGGAAGUGGGAAGAGUACUAUAGUGCGUUUAUUAUUCCGAUUUUAUGAUGCAAAUUCAGGCGCAGUUUUAGUGGAUGGUCAGAACAUUAAAACAGUGUUACAGAAGUCGUUGCGAGAGGUGAUUGGUGUUGUACCCCAAGACACUGUGCUGUUCAACAACUCCAUAAAGUUUAAUAUCGCCUAUGGCCGUAUCUCAGCUACAGAUUCAGAGAUUGUAGCAGCAGCGCAAAAUGCAGAUAUUCAUGAAAAAAUCUUAACUUUCCCCAAAGGUUAUGAUACAGUAGUGGGAGAGCGAGGACUUAAAUUAAGUGGAGGUGAAAAACAGAGAAUUGCUAUCGCAAGAACAAUUCUUAAAGCCCCCUCAAUUAUCCUUCUGGACGAGGCCACAAGUUCACUUGACACACAGACUGAAAGGAAUAUACAGACUGCUUUGGCAAGAGUUUCUGCUAAUAAAACAACUCUGAUUGUUGCACAUCGUUUAUCAACAGUAAUCAAUGCUGAUGAAAUACUUGUUCUGAAAGAAGGAGAAAUUGUUGAAAGAGGAAGACAUGAAGAGUUGCUCAACCUGAAUGGCCUGUAUGCUUCAAUGUGGAAUGAACAACAAAAAAGUCAGAAGCAGUCAGAUGCAGAAAACUCGGGCACAUCCUUAGACUUUUCAGGAGACCUGGAAAAAAAAUAACUCCAGCAGUAUUAGUCAGGUGACAUGAACUAGUCAAUUUCCAUAGGGGAGAGAAUCCUUCUUUAAUGGAUGAUCAAAGAAAAGGUUAAUUUUUCGAAGAAGUUGUAGAAAUUGUGGAAAGAAAUCCUAACAGUCAACAUAAAGAGGCCUGUCUCAAUUGAAAUAAAAGUGCUCAAAUGAGAAUAGGGAGGUUUACUGAGGACCUUAAAUGUUGGCAAGCAAUACAUUUUGUUGCUCUGGGAGGAGUUGAGGAUCAGUUUCAAUAAAGCAAUCAUUCAUUAUAUUAUUACUGAGGAAUACUUAGCAAUAAUUGUGCAAGCCUUUGCAGAAAUGUCUUAAAGAAGACGCAAACAAGUGCUAUCUAUCUCUUUUGAUACAAGUAAUAAAUUUUAUUUAAGACUUAACUAAUCUCUAACUGAGGGAAUCGAGCAAUAGUUAAACAGUACCAAAAAAAUUUGUGCAAAGCUGGCUGCAUGUCUUUCCACUGACCAUCAAAACGAUCAGUGCUUACUGAUGAUGGUCUUAGGUCUUGGACAACUCAACUCAACAGAAAGACAUUCAGGCUUUAAGUUCAGUAAGAGUGGGGAAGAAUACGGGUAUAUUGAUAAUUGAUAGAGGGUUUUUGUAGAAAGUUAAUGAAGAGUGUAUCAUUGAUGAGUCGGUUGGUAAAAACAGUGAUUCUGAAAUUAUAGUCUUCAAGGAGAUGAGAGAGAAAACCAGUAGUUCAGACAACAUUGGAACAAAAAUGCAGAGAAUAAGAGGGAAACCCAUUAAUUUUGAAAACAUAGAAACAAAAAUGCGGAGAUCUCGUUUUUUUCAUUUUCUAAUCGUAUCAAAAACACUCUCGUCGUGUUUUAGGCACCUCAGUAUCUUAAAAGCAGUUCUUUCGAAUUAUCUCUAGAAUUGCAGUGAGGACAGCUUAUUCUCAUUCAGUUUUCGUAAAUUUUCUUCCAUAGCAUAAGUUAGACUUUCCUGCUUACAACAGACUUUUGCUCAAUAAUUCAAAAGAAUUAAUCAGUUCAAACAAGUUCCAGUUAUAAGUUUUGUAAGUUGUUUUAAAAUCAUUACUGCCAAAAUCUCUCUGUACAGCGUGGUCCAGACCUGUGGCACCAUACCUUUUUUCCCAGGUUAUUUUAGGGUGGACCAAGUCCAGGACUACAGGAGUGAUCAGGGAAUCUACCCCAAGGAAUCCGAAUUUCACAAUCCUGGAGCUCUCCUGGUUCCCCUUGGGAGGUUUAGGGAGGGGUCAGUACUUCAAAAGUCUGGGUUCCCUUCAAAAUUUUGAAAUUAUUUCAUCGGAAUCGGGAAAAUUUUUUUUCAUGGGUAAUCAACCCCAAGGAAUCCGAAUUUGAGAGGGUUCUCUGGUGAGGCAUAUGGUAGGGUGCACCUUAUUUUUGAGUUUUGCAAAAUUCAAGUUGGUCCACCCCUAAAAAGUUCUUAAGUAGUCUCUAAAUGAACCUCUUAAAGAGAAAAAAUUGUAACCUGUGCCUCAAAAGGCCUACCUUUGAGGCACGGGUUGAAAGUGUUGUAAAAUUUUUUUCUUUUAAGAGGUUCAUGUAGAGACUACAUAGAAACUUUUUUGGGGUAGAACAACUUGAAUAUAAAAAUAAGGUACACCCUAGCAUAGGUGGAUACUGUACAACACACAGCCAGGGCAAAAGUCGUUCGGUUUGCUCUGGGUCCCCCUGGUAUCUCUAUCAGUUUUGUGAUCAAAGUAAGUAAAGAGAAUAAACAGAGAGGUGAAAAUUGUUAUUUUAGACAACUGUACAACCUUGAAAUACAUUGACUGUUGUCUUUAAGCAUUUAUGUUCUAUUGCAGGUGACUUCAAAUGUUGAAUUAAUUGUAUUGGGUAUUUCUGAAAAGCUGUGAAGUAUUAGAUACCGAUCAUUCAGAGUUAAACUAUCUGCCUGUUUCGGAAAAAAUAUGUGAUUUUUCAAGAAAUGAGAACUUACGAUAUUACACUCACUUUACUAAGACAGAGAUUAAUGGGCUUACCUCACAUUUGCCUCUGCAAUCUGAAAUUAACAACUAUGAUCAGGGAAUUUUCUUAAAAAUUGACACUUUUAAUAAUUCUUAAAGAAGAAUCAACCCAUGACAAUUUUUAAAUUUUGCAGAAAUUUUUCCUAAAUUUUCACUACUUUAUACUUUCUAAUUCAAUUAUCAUAAAGAACAAUAUUAGAUAAUAAUAUGUACCAGAUAAUUUUUACCACCUCUGUAGAAAUGUCAGCAAGCUUUAGCCAUACUGCUAUGCUAAAGGAAAAACGCUGUAUGAGCAUUCUAGAUUUCCUCUUGGAAAAUAUUUUUGAAAAAAAAGUUAUGAAUAUUUUUUCUUGAAAUUUUUAGACACUUUAGAUCAAAUGACAAAGAAAAUUCUCUGAAAAAUUGGAAGACAAAUAUUAACAAAUUUUUGUCAAAGGAAGUUUUGUAACGUCUGAAUGGCUCAUAUGUUCUUCUUCCACAGCAAGGAGGCAUAAUAUUAAGCAAUUUUUACAGAGCAGACUUGAGCCAAUUUAUUGCGCUGAAUUUUUUUGUCGAACAGGGUUUGUUUAUUAAGCCCUCUUUGUUUUUUAACUAUCUUUUUUGUUGAAAUAGUUGUGUAUUUUUUAAGUUAAAAAUUAGAAUAAAAGCUUUUUUAAGAGAAAA